CUGCACUACGGGACCCUCCUGGGCAGCAGAGCUUGUGCCCACAUGGCAGCAGCUGCCUGGGCCAGUGGCUUUCUCACUGCUCUGCUGCACACAGCCAAUACAUUUUCACUGCCCCUGUGCCAUGGCAAUGCUCUGGGCCAGUUCUUCUGUGAGGUCCCACACAUCCUCAAGCUCUCGUGCUCCACAUCUUACAUCAGGGAUGUUGGACUUACUGUGGUUGGUGCCUGUAUAACUAUUGGUUGUUUUGUGUUCAUUGUUUUCUCCUAUAUGCAGAUCUUCAGGGUUGUGCUGUGGAUCCCCUCUGAGCAGGGACAGCACAAAGCCUUUUCCACCUGCCUCCCUCACCUGGCUGUGGUCUCCCUCUAUAUCAGCACUGGCACAUUUGCCUCCCUGAAGCCCCCCUCUAUCUCCUCCCCAUCCCUGGAUGUCUCAGUCACAGUUCUGUACUCAGUGGUGCCUCCAGCCCUGAACCCCUCAUCUACAGACUGA